AUGCCAAAAACGCCAAAGAAACGUGUAACACUGCUCGUGAUGAUCGGUCGUUGGGAUUGGGCGAGCGUUCUCCGAGUAGAAAUCACACUUGAGCUCUCGGCCAAAAUCGACUCGUCGCUCGGCCAAAGUGACCGGUCGCCUACUAUGUUGUUGCCUCCUUGCGACUUCUUAUCCUUCCUUGUUGCUCAUCUCUUGCAACCCCUUUGGUUUCUUCUUCUCUUUCGCAUCUAUGAUGAACCAACUUCAGUAGUGAGUACGUUAAUCACUGCUUCUGGUGGUUGGGAUGUGCCCAGACUUUAUAGCAUCUUUACUUUCUUGGAAGCUGAAAUCAUCCUGACUAUCCCCCUUACCAAUUGCAACCUUGACCGGAGAAUGUGGCACUACACCGCGAAUGGACGCUAUACUGUGAAGAAUGGGUAUUGGCUUGCCAUUGAGAUUAAGAGAACCAAAAAUUCCUCACUGAUCUCUGUGGGAGCUCCUCCUCACCUUCUAAGUUGUGGAACCUGUGGAAGCUGA